UUCCUAGCAACCAGCAUGGCGACGGUAAAGCGUUGCCCGGCAUUUGUCGAAGCUCGUUGGUAACAAGCUUAGUUUUGCCGUAUUAGAAUGCUGGCAUUUGAACAAGCCGAGGCCUCUGGACCUCUGUCUUUAAUCCUUUGGAAAAUUUCUGAAUAGAAUGGGAAUCGCUAAAUUAAAACCUUCAAUGGGAUCGAGAACAGGAAGUGUUUUAUCCGGAUUGGAGAGCAGCUCUGGAGGGAAAAGGCAUACAUUAAAAACUAGCUCUUUCUGCCCUCAAUCCUCCAGCAAACUGACCCAGUCCAUCAUUAAAGAUCACAUGGUGUCUCAUUACAAAAAGAUUUACUCAGCUAAAGCUGCUAUCGAUGCCUCAGUACCCAAAAGCCUGUUGCAAAGUGUAAAAUACAAGGACCAAAUCAGAAAGGAACAGCAGAGGAAAAAUGGUCGUCCUCAUUCAGCUUUCUCCUCUUUGGACAGAGAUUGCACAACUUCCUGCUUCUCAGCUCAGGAUGGUGAGCGCCCCUACCUCUGCUCAAGGAGCUCCAUCAUCUCAAGCCCGAGAUUCAACAGCUCCUUUAAUGCCAAGGAUGUUGUUUAUCCGUCCAAUUCCCAUUACGCCCGCCCAUCAUCAGAGAGGAGGUACCGAAGCCCUGAAACAGCUUUUCAAAGGAAGCAGUCCUCAUGUUCUCUGCUAGCUACAAGAGAUCAAGGGUUCUACAAGGCCUUCCAGGACCCUGUAAAGAAGACCUACAGCGGAGACUUGCUUGAAAAACAUUCCCAGCAUUUUACUCCAGAAAAACCAUUCACUCCCAAGACUCUGAAGUCAGAAAGAAGUUCAUACCUGUCAAAGUAUCGCUUCUACAGAGCACCGCAGAGUAAAUCUUGUCAGGAUAGGAGCAACUCAAGACUGCAGGGGGAGGAGAAACCUUGUAAAAGCCCAAAUGAAAAAGAAUACACAGAAAGACUAGAUAAGCCAUCUCAGGAAUAUUCUACAGAGCCUGAGUGGUCUGAUUAUGAGGUCACUGAUACAUACCUAUCCCCAUCGCAACUGCAGGAGCAUAAAAUUAAAAGUGCGGAUCAUUAUUUUGUUGGCUCUUCAUCCGGCAGGGUCUCUCCAGGAUGGAAAUCUCCUGUUAGGAGCCUUAUAUCUGCAGAAGAAGAAGAGCUCCUGUACCUUGAAUUCAUUUCUGCUGUGACAGAGGAUAUCCUGUCCAGGGGCCACAUAUCUGACAGGAUGCUUGACCGGGUGAUGAAUCAUCACAUUGAUAUGAAUCUCCAUCAGCUGGAUGAGGGUAAAAUGCGUUACCUUCUGGAAGUGUUGCGUAAAGAAUUUGAGGAACCAUCCAAUGUAUCUGCUUCAAGUGAAGACCAUUUAAAAAAUGGGAGCGCUUUUCUUGAUUCUAUAUUCUCCACUUUAGUAUCUGGGUCUAAACCAGCAAAGACUAAAGAUGUGAAGGAAAGCAUAACCAAUGCAUCACCCAUUGAUGACUGUAAAUUGUCAGAUGGUGAUAAUCCUUCACCGGUUUCUACACCCUCAACCUCUCCUGUAAGAGCUACAUCUCCAACCAAACAAAGGGAAAAUGAGAAGAGGAGAGAAAAUGCUGCAGAAGUUGUAGGAUUAAUGAUAUGUACCGAUAAUGCGACAGACAGGACAACAACCAGUCAAGGAGCAGCAGUGAAUGUCCAUAAUGAAAGUGAUGAGCACAUGACUGUGAGCAGUGAUGUAAAAAAAUGUGAUGGACCAUCUAAGAAGGUAGAGGAUCUAGAAACUAUUUUGUCAGAAACAUUACAUCUAUCUGACAACACAGACUCUGAAAAUGUAGCAGCUGCCAGUGAGGCAUGCACUAACCAACAUGAUAGCAGUGAUGAUGAUUUCUGAAUGUUGCUUUGCUGUGCUCAGGGUUGUUUUUCCAGUCUAAAAUGAGAAACUGUGGGUUUGUUUAAGUUUAGUUUGUAUAACUCCUUUAAGACUGGUUAUGUUUCCGGUGUUGUACAAGUCACAUUAAAGAGGUGUUACAUUUCAGUUACUAAUUAGAUUUUUUUAAGUAAUUGUUCUUAGUUAAAGUUAAUUAAAAAUAAGUUUGUUUUAUACAAUUUAUAAAGUGGUACCUUCUUGACCAUACGUUGCCAAAUUGCCUAAAAACUCAGAUGCAAUUCUCAAGGCUGUCAUUAAGAUAUUGACACUGUUAAGUGUUUUUUUAAUAUGAAGAUUUAUUGAGCUAGAUGGGUGGAAUAAAUAGCUGAAAAUAGAGCUGCACCAAGGUUGAAAAAUGUCAUGUUGAUUUACU